CCCGGCUCUGGAGCAUAAACAAGAGCGGGGUCGGGAUGAGGCGGCUGUUGAUGUUCGAGCGGCGAGUGGCGGCGAGCGGGGCCCGGGGCCGACCCUGAGCUCACCGCGACCUGCCCUCCCGCGCGCGAGCUCCGGGCCGGGCCCACCCGCCGCGCGCCCACCAUGAACCUGGCGAGUCAGAGUGGCGAGGCUGGCGACAGCCAGCUACUCUUCGCCAACUUCAACCAGGACGUCACGGUCCCUUUGAUUUCCUGGUCUUCCCAUCUCGCUGUUCUUUUUGACAGAAUUGGGAAAAAGGCAUCAAGAAAAGCUGGUCCCCGUCGUCUCCUUCUUCUUGGCUGGUCUCUAGCUGUUGGUAGUAAAUCCGGUUAUAAAUUUUUCUCCCUUUCUUCUGUGGAUAAACUGGAACAGAUCUAUGAAUGCACUGACACUGAAGAUGUGUGCAUCGUGGAAAGAUUGUUCUCAAGCAGCUUAGUGGCCAUCGUUAGCCUCAAGGCCCCCAGGAAGCUGAAGGUUUGCCACUUUAAGAAGGGGACUGAGAUCUGCAACUACAGCUACUCCAACACCAUCCUGGCUGUGAAGCUGAACAGGCAGAGGCUGAUCGUGUGCCUGGAGGAGUCUCUGUAUAUACACAACAUCCGGGACAUGAAGGUGCUGCAUACCAUCCGGGAGACGCCCCCAAACCCCGCAGGCCUGUGCGCGCUGUCCGUCAGCAGCGACAACUGUUACCUGGCGUAUCCGGGCAGCGCGACCAUCGGGGAGGCGCAGGUCUUUGACACCAUCAACCUGAGAGCUGCAAACAUGAUCCCGGCUCAUGACAGCCCUUUAGCCGCACUGGCCUUCGACACCAGCGGAACCAAGCUCGCCACUGCUUCCGAGAAGGGGACCGUGAUUAGGGUAUUUUCCAUUCCAGAAGGACAAAAACUCUUCGAGUUCCGGAGAGGGGUGAAGAGGUGUGUGAGCAUCUGCUCCCUGGCCUUCAGCACGGACGGCGUGUUCCUGUCCACCUCCAGCAACACGGAGACUGUACACAUCUUCAAGCUCGAGACUGUGAAAGAAAAGCCUCAGGAGGAGCCCACCACCUGGACCGGCUACUUCGGGAAGGUGCUCAUGGCGUCCACCAGCUACUUGCCCUCCCAAGUGACAGAAAUGUUCAACCAGGGCAGAGCCUUUGCCACAGUCCGCCUGCCUUUCUGUGGCCACAAGAACAUCUGCGCGCUGGCCACAAUCCAGAAGAUUCCCCGAUUGCUGGUGGGAGCCUCGGACGGGUACUUAUACAUGUACAAUCUGGACCCCCAGGAGGGAGGCGAGUGCACCUUGAUGAAACAGCACAAGUUGGACGGCAGCAUGGAGACGACCAACGAGAUCCUAGACUCCACGUCCCACGACUGCCCCUUGGUGACGCAGACGUACAGCACGGCUGUGGCCAAGGGUCCUCACGUGCCUUCGUCCCCAACGGCACUGGCCUACGCCGACGAGCUGGGCGCGGUGGGCGGCGCGGGCCUGGAGGACGAGGCGGGCGCCCUGCGGCUGGAGGACAGCGAGCACCCCCCCAGGAUUCUCCGGACAGACUGACCGUGACCCGUGGGCUCUCCAGGCCCCGGGCCGAGCGCACCGGCUGGCAGAGGGCCGUGCGGCAUGCUGUGAGCUCUGACCGGAGGUUGGGGAGAGGGUGGCGGAGACUUCAAAAGGAAAACGAAGAUGGUAGCUGUAGUCUCGUCCCACACUGUCGAGAAAUACAUUGGUUUCACUUCAGUGGCUCUCCGUCCUGCUUAUGAAUUUCAGCUUUUUGUUGGUUUUCUCAUUUUGCCAAAAUUAACUGUCUGGUGAAGCCCUUGAAACCGCCUUGCUUUGCAUGUAUUAAUGUGCCGAUCCAGCCUGGGAGAGCUAGAGCCACUUCCUGACAACCUGCGGGCGUUUGUGUUUUCGGUCUGUACAGGACAAGGAGCGGCCCGAGAAGGCAGCAGCGAGCGGAGCGGGUCAGGCGGGGCCAGGUGGCGACCUGGAGGGCGCGUCCUCUCUCCCUAGAGCCCCUCCGGGACCAUUUUCCCCGUUUUAUUUUGUUAAUUAAAUUUUUUCCAAAUUGGA